CUUGAAUUUUUACCUUACGCAAUGUGUAUUAAAAAAUACAACUAAGAUGUGAAAUAAAAUUGUGAUAAUAUACUUCAUAUCAGAGUUGAUAAUUUCUGAUGACUACACAUUAGACUCAUAUCUGUUAAACCUCACCUUUAAAAUUCAUAGUUUUCUUGGAUUGUUCCCCAAAAUUUGAAGAUUUUGUUUUACAAACAACAUGGCGAAACAUCAUCCCGAUUUGAUUAUGUGCCGUAAGCAGCCUGGAACUGCUAUAGGACGGUUAUGUGAAAAAUGCGAAGGCAAAUGCCCAAUUUGUGAUUCAUACGUGCGCCCUAACACUUUAGUUCGUAUUUGUGAUGAAUGUAACUAUGGAAGUUAUCAAGGACGUUGCGUAAUAUGUGGAGGUCAGGGAAUUUCGGAUGCGUAUUAUUGCAAGGAAUGUGUGCAAUGCGAAAAAGAUAGAGAUGGAUGCCCUAAAAUUGUGAAUCUUGGUAGUGCAAAAACCGAUUUAUUUUAUGAAAGGAAAAAAUACGGGUUUAAAAAACGAUAGCAUUUAAGUUUCUACAAUGUUUUAAUGUAGCCAUAUUUGAGCUUCAUCUUCG